GCAAUCGAGUAACUGCGGGAGUUGCAAUUUGUUUUGGUAAAAGUGUGGUGUUUCAACUUGAGAUCAGCAAUGAAGAAUUUCAUAGUAUUUUCGCUCUCUGUUUUUCUUAUAUUAAACACUGGACAGUCCUCGUCUGAGUUCUAUUUUCCCAAAGAGAGCCUUGGCGACGUGGACUCAUGGAACGAUGGCGGCGUGGAUAAGAAGUCGGAAUCAAGUUCAUCCAGUUCGUUUAGCUCGUCAAGCUCAUCCAGUUCGUUCACCUCGUCAGGCUCAUCGAGUUCGUCGGAUUCAUUUCAUGAGAAGGUUGAAGUGUACGAAAAAAACACUGACGAAAAGGGAACGCAUGAAGUAACGAAGAUUCGCGAACGAAAGAAGCCAACAGGAGGGAAUGAAACCUCCAGUAGUAAAGUUAUCGAAGUGUUUCGAUAUCCUAAUGGAACGAUUCGUCGAAAGGUGAAAAACAAUGGGCCUGCAAUGAAGGCUGAAUGUACCAAGAACGAUGACUGCAGUGCUGAUAAGUUCUGUAGCAAACUCAGUUAUCAGUGUCAGCAAUGCCUUGAUGGGUUUGGUUGUUUUAAUGAUGACCAGUGCUGUGGCAAAAAAGUUUGCAAAUUUGGCCAGUGUGCAGAUGAACCAGAGCAUACAGGGCUGGCCAACUCUCCAUGCGAUUAUGACAGCCAGUGCAAGUCAGGCCUUUUCUGCUCAGUGCGUGUGUUUGAAGGUGGAAAGUGCAAAGAUGUUAGAACAGAGGGACAGUCAUGCAGCAGAGGGAUUUUUUCAAGAAAUCCACCCAGAUGUGCUGAGGGUUUGGAGUGCAGAAGGACUGGUGGCUUCCCCUUUUCCUCCUACAAGUGCCUGAAAGAAGGAAGUGUGGAAGAUAAAUCAACCAAAUCAUCUUUUGAUUGGUUUCACGAUAAUGACUUCUUUCCCUUUAAAAAGUAGAGCUGGUCGUGUUCUUUUCCCUCAUAUUGAAAAUUUAACUGAAGACACCAAAUAAUCCUCAGAAAUUGAGAAAUUUGAGAAAAGAGCGAAAUCUGAGCCAUGGCAAUUUGAUUUUCUUUGAUAAAUUAUCAGGGCUAUACCGUUUUUACUAGAAUAGUGUGUAGCUGUAAUUUGGUAUCCAGAACUAGGGGUUAAACUGUUGUUACGAGCUACGUUACUUAUAUCUGUAGUACCCCAAGGUGCGGUUACUAAACAGAAAUGGCUCUGCAUAGAUAGGUGGCUUCACAUAUUUCACAAUGUUAGCUUCAGGCUUAGAAAUUUUAUUUAUUGUGACCUAGUGGAAGUUUAUAAACACUAUGUCCUCCGAGUAAGAUUAUUAAAGAUGUUUUAAAAUGAGAA